AUGGAAGAUGGCGAAGUUUCCAUUCAAAGAUUAAAGGAAAUUGAAAUGCCAAUGGUAUCUUAUGGAAAUACUAUGAUUUCAAUGACCCCAGAGUUGAAAUGCUACUCUGGUUGUGUCUUUUCCAGGCAACCAAACACUGCUUUGGAAUCAAAGGAACGACACAAGUCAGUAACCAAACUUUCUGGCCUCAUACUUUUCUAUCUUAUAAUUAUAUUAGUAGAGAUUAUUGGUGAAGUGAAAGCCAACAGCCUUGCAGUUAUGUCAGAUGCAACUCACUUGCUCACUAAUGUGGCUGGAUUCUCUAUAUCUCUAUUUACAGUCUGGGCUUCCACGUGGAAGGCGACAUCCUACCAAUCUUUUGGGUUCAAUCGUCUCGAAGUCCUUGAUGCUCUUUUGUCUAUGCAACUCAUACGGCUUAUAUCUGCUCUCUUAAAAUACGAAGCACUUGAUAGGAUUCUCCAUGAAAAUGAUGAGGUAAAUGGGGGACUCAUGUUUGCAGUUGCUGCUUUCGGAUUUGUAAUCAACUUGGUUAUGGUCCUUUGGCUGGGUCAUGACCACACUCACCAUGCUUGCAGGGGAACAGUUCAUCAUCGACACCACGACGACCAUCAUAGUGAUUUAGCCACAGAAGAGGAGACUAGUUUGGUGCCGAGUAGUCCAAAGACAAACAAGAUAAUGAACAUAAAUCUCCAAGGAGCUUACUUGCAUGUCGUGGCUAACCUAAUUCAAACCGUUGGGGUGAUGAUCACUGGAGCUGUUAUUUGGAUAAAACCAAAGUGGUUGCUUGUUGAUCUUCUCUGCACACUCAUCUUCUCUACCGUUGCUCUCAGUACCACUCUACCUAUGCUGAGAGAGAUUUUUAGCAUAUUGAUGGAAAGGACACCAGGAGACAUUAAUAUCGACAUGCUGGAAAGUGGUAUCAAGGGUAUCGAUGGAGUCCAAAACAUUCACGACCUCCACGUAUGGGCUAUAACCGUCGGGAAACUUGUAUUGUCCUGCCAUGUCAAAGCUGACCCAGAAACUAGCUCGAAUGAAAUACUCAGUGAGAUCAGUGAUUACUGUGUAAAAACAUACAAUAUUCAUCGCAUAACUAUACAAAUUGAGUAGUCUUUUGGUAGUUUCUUCAGCUUAAAUGAUACAUCAUUGAGUUAAUGACUUGGAAAC